GGAUUUUAUUUUCUACCACUUGUAUAGAGGAAGUAACUGUAAAGUUUGUGUUCUGCGAUGAUGUCUAUUUCCCUUUUGACAUUUGACCGUUUUUGAUAAUGACAGCUGGAUUUCCAGAAAAAUAGAAGUUGGCAAAUUUAUUGUCAUUAUCAAGUAGUUAUCUGGUUGUUGGACAAGAUUGUGACUUCAUAAUUAGUUUCAAAAGUAAAACGUGUGAAUUUUAUAUGUGCAGUAACUAUACGUGUGAGGAGUGCUGAAACUGAUUGUUGAAAAUUAUUAGUGCCGGCGUCACCAUGUCGGACGAGAGUCAUCCAAAAACACUUUAUGUAGGUAAUCUAGACGUGUCAGUGUCAGAAGACCUGUUGUGUACGCUGUUCUCACAAAUAGGUCCAGUGAAAGGAUGUAAAAUAAUUAGGGAGCCCGGGAAUGACCCAUAUGCUUUUGUCGAAUUUACAAACCACCAGUCAGCAUCAACAGCUUUAGCUGCCAUGAAUAAAAGAUUGUUUUUAGAUAAAGAAAUGAAAGUAAAUUGGGCAACGAGCCCUGGAAAUCAACCAAAACAAGAUACUUCUAAUCACCAUCAUAUUUUUGUUGGUGAUUUAUCUCCAGAAAUUGAGACUGAAACGUUGAGAGAGGCCUUUGCUCCCUUUGGGGAAAUUUCAAAUUGCAGAAUAGUUCGAGAUCCACAAACUCUUAAAUCCAAAGGUUACGCAUUCGUAUCGUUUGUUAAGAAAGCCGAAGCUGAAAAUGCCAUACAAUCUAUGAAUGGUCAGUGGCUUGGGUCUAGAUCUAUUCGCACCAACUGGUCUACGAGGAAGCCACCACCGCCAAGAACUGAAAAACCAGCUCUUAGGCAAAAACAACCUGCUUUUGAAGAAAUUUACAAUCAGACCUCUCCAACUAAUACAACAGUUUACUGCGGAGGUUUUGCAAGUGGCCUCACUGAUGAUUUAGUACACAAGACGUUUGCACCCUUUGGUCCCAUUCAAGAUAUUCGAGUAUUUAAAGAUAAAGGUUACGCAUUUAUAAAAUUUUCUUCGAAAGAUAGUGCAACUCAUGCUAUUGAAAAUAUUCACAAUUCCGAAAUAAAUGGACACACUGUAAAGUGUUUCUGGGGGAAAGAGAAUGGAGGAUUUGGACCUGACCCUGGAGCUAUGCAACCUGGAGCAGUUUCCCAGGCAAGUGCUGCUCCUUACUCUUAUGGUUAUGGAGCUGCUGGAGCUGGUACUGGGUAUUGGUAUCCACAAGGCUACACUGGAGGAGGUGGAUACAUGCAAGGAUACCAAUCUUAUCAACAAUAUCAGCAAUAUCCCGGUGGUCAACAGUACAGUGUGAUGCCCCAGCAAGUUCAAUGGGCAGGACAACCUGGACAACAGCCUAAUGUGCCGGUGAUGUAUGGUAAUGUUCAGAAAUAUCCAUCUCAGUGAAAUGUUACACAGACAAUUAAGUUCUUGGUUAAAGUUCUAGCUACAAGGUUCUAUUGCAAAUUAAUAAACGAAUUUGCAGAAUUCCUUGCAGCUUGUGAGCAAAGGACAUUUAUCAAAUAAAUUAACUAUACAUAAAUAUAGAUUUUAAAAUAAGGAAUAUGAACUUAAACAAUAGGCAUUUUAUAUGUAAAGUUAUAAUGUCAAUAAUGAGUCAACUUACAUUUGUGGCUAUAUUGAAUACAUGUUUUCAUUUAUAAAAUUUAAAUUUUAUUUUCCUUUUUCUAUUCUAAAUUAGGUAGCCAUGAAAAUUGGUGAUAAUUAUAAAUUUUAUUGGAUUUUCCUGUGAACUGUAUAAAAAUAAUAGAAAAAAAGAAGUAAUGAUUACAGUUUACAUACUGACACUAGUUUGUUUUAAUUUUUUUGGUUCAUCCAUUUUGACUUCAGUUUUCGAUUACCGUUUACUGCUUAAAAUUUCCCUCUUCACAAUUUUUUUUUUUUAAGUAAAAUAAUAUGUAAAACAUGAUAACUGUUUUGUAAAUUUUUUAAACAAAAAAAAUGUAUGUCAAGAAAAUACCACUUUAGAGAUCAAAUGGUGGUGGUAUAUGAUUGAAUUGAAAUGACAUGUGAAUUCAAAAAAUAGACCAAAGAAUUUCUUGUAAAGGUACACAAUUUAUUGUGAUUCCAUAUACUAUUUUCUGAAUUUUAGUACAACUCAUAUUUUAAUGUAUACGUAAAUAUUGUAAAUAUGAAAAUUAAGAAUACAUGUCUUGGCUUUUUACAUCGUUUUUUUUUUAAUAUAAUUUUCAGCCCGGUGUAUAAUAAUUGCUUUUUUAAAGCACUUUGGUAAAAUUAUAUUAUGAUGAUUUGAAAAAUUUGUAUGUAACUAGCAAAAUCAAAUAGAAAAAGAUUUUAUAUUGGCCAAGGUUGGUAUUGCUUUUCUUCUUUAAAUGAUUUGAUUAGAUAAAAUGGUUGUUAAUCAUAUAGUAAAUGUUUGAUAUUGUCACAAAAAAUAGUUGACUCUAUGAGACCCAUAAAUGAGUCGCAAAUAUUGAACAGUAAUACAUUGUUUUUGCACGUUAGUUGUAGUCUAAUUGUUAUCCUAUAAACAGUAGGUUUAGGCUCUCUUGGUGGUAGUAAUAGCAUUUUCUAAUGCUAAUGAUAUGGUGUGAUUAAGGUACAAAACUUGUGGUUUUUAGCUUGUCAACUAGUUUCAAAGUUAGUUUUAAUUUUUUUUAUCAAAUUAAGACUAGAUUUUAUGGUAUAAUUUAUUUUUGCACUGCGUUUUACAGAUAAAUACGUUUUAGUUUAAAAUAUCAAAAUAUGUUUACUAAAAUCGCCUUUUCCAUUUGAAAUAUGAUUUAGGGAAAGUGGGAC